UGCAAUUUGUCCGUUUCUACUGUCUACGAGCUCAGACAGGCAGCGCAAGGGAGGACUCAUCGGAACGGUGUCAAUUUUGUCUGUUUUACAACGAUUAUUGCAUUUGCAGUCAAAAGAGACAACAUUUAAACUCACUUGGUGUGAAUCCCUAGCCCCCCGCCCGCUACCCUUGCACAGAGAUAUGAGCGGCAGCGGGCGGCCCAGAACUAGCUCGUUUGCUGAGCCACAAGGUAAUCUCGGAGCCGCUGCAGCAUCCACCGGAUCAGCCGCUGCGGUGGGGAGCAGCACAGGAAAGACCGGGGUCCAGCAGGCCUCGGGGAGCAGUUCGUCUGGAUGCUCAAAUUUAAAGCUGGCCAGGGACAGUGGAAAGGUGACUACGGUGGUGGCCACAUCUGGGCAGGGUCCCGACCGCCCACAGGAGGUGUCCUACACGGACAUCAAGGUGAUCGGGAAUGGCUCUUUCGGUGUGGUGUACCAGGCGCGCCUCAUCGACAGCCAGGAGAUGGUGGCCAUAAAGAAGGUGCUGCAGGAUAAGAGAUUCAAGAACCGAGAGCUACAGAUUAUGCGAAAGUUGGACCACUGCAAUAUCGUGAGGCUACGCUACUUCUUCUACUCUAGUGGUGAAAAGAAGGACGAGGUGUUUCUCAACCUGGUGCUGGACUUUGUCCCAGAGACUGUGUACAGGGUGGCCCGGCAUUUCAACAAGGCCAAAAGCAUCAUUCCUAUAAUUUACGUCAAGGUGUACAUGUACCAGCUGUUUCGCAGCCUGGCCUAUAUCCAUUCCCAGGGUGUCUGCCACCGAGACAUCAAACCCCAGAACCUGCUAGUGGACCCUGAAACUGCCAUCCUAAAGCUCUGUGACUUUGGGAGCGCUAAGCAGCUGAUUCGUGGGGAGCCCAAUGUGUCGUACAUCUGCUCGCGGUACUACCGCGCCCCAGAGCUCAUCUUCGGCGCCACCGACUACACGGCCAACAUCGACAUCUGGUCGGCGGGCUGCGUGUUGGCCGAACUGCUACUGGGACAGCCCAUCUUCCCUGGGGACAGUGGAGUGGACCAGCUAGUGGAGAUCAUCAAGGUUUUGGGAACUCCGACGCGGGAACAGAUCCGAGAAAUGAACCCCAACUACACAGAGUUCAAAUUCCCCCAAAUCAAAGCACAUCCCUGGUCAAAGGUGUUUAAGCCUCGCACCCCUCCAGAGGCCAUCGCCCUGUGUUCGCGCCUGCUGGAGUACACCCCAGUCACGCGCUUCUCGCCCCUGGAGGCCUGCGCUCACGCCUUCUUCGACGAGCUGCGCCAGCCCAACGCCCGGCUGCCUAGCGGCCGAGAGCUGCCCCUGCUCUUCAACUUCAGCACCACCGAGCUGUCAAUCCAGCCCCAACUGAACUCCACCCUAAUUCCUCCUCAUGCCCGUGCACAGACCACUUCAUCUGUAGAUGGCUCUGGGAUAGACGGCUCCUCUCAGCACAGUUCAGUACCCGGAUCACUCAACAACAGCACCUGAAACAUCCCUGCAAACCCUCUGUUUGUCUGCCAGCCCGACCACACACACACACACUGUAUUGCUUAUUUCUCCCUCGCUGCUUGUUAUUUCUCCCCAUUGGUUACAAACAUCCCUUUUUGUACUGUACAUACAUUGAACAAACCAUUCAUACAGUUAGAGAGUAUCAUUAGCUGACAAGGUAGUUUUGUUACAUUCUAUUGAAACUAGAUCAGCUCUACAGGCAGAGAGUUGGACACACACACACACAAACACACACACACACACACACGCUUAUGUACUGACGACACCUUAAGUAUUAUUCCACUCCCUCACUGCAUCUCCUUUGGCCCAGCUGUCUCGUUCUCUCUAUGCCUGUUUAUAACACUCAUGUUCCUGCUGUUGGGGGUGGCAUUUGAAGGUUCACUAGGUGGGGCAGGUCCUCUGUAUAAUAAUUGUUUUUUUAAUCAAGGUUUUUUGUUGUCUUUUUAUUCUGUUUAUUUAUUUGACUGAAGACUUCAUGAAGAGUUCUGCCACCACCACACACAAAGUAAACAGGAGUUUGUCUCUAGAAGCUAAUUGAGGUGCUUCCCAGUUAGAAUAAUUUGGUUGCAUUGUAGACAAAUGGGAUAAAAUGGUUCUGGUUGCAAGAUGGAGGGAGGAAGAGGCUGUGGUUUUUAUACUUUUUAUAAAAUUAUAUUUAAAAAGAUGAAAUGCCAGCUGCUUUUUUAUUUUACUUGUAAAUGUAUUUAUAAUUUUUUAAUUUGCUUCGAAGGCACUGUGAAUUUUUACAUGGAAAGGGGCGUUCAAGUUAUAAUUGGUAGCCAUACUUGCUAGCAAAUUCCCAGUGUGUGUGUGUUCUUUGAGGACCUGAAGGAAAGGUUUUGACAGAUGGUGAGGGUGGUGGUGUUUGUGUGGAAACGGAGACAUCCAUGAUUCACAUCUAUGUAGCAGCAUCUCUCCCUCUUGUAUGGUGAGGUUACAUGUUUGAUUUCAAAAUCAGGUUCUGGCUAAUUUGGCACUCAUGCAUUCAUAGCAUGAACUCUUCAGAACUCCUGAUUUGUAAGAGGGACCUUUUUUUUAAAUGAUAUACACGCCGUGAAUAAAGUGGACUUCCUGCAGCACACUUGUAAGAAUCUUUGUCAGUGUUCCACCCAUCUAGAGGACAAAGGAAUUAUCAAAUAUGGGUUCAGCCAUAUGGACAUAAAUAUAUCCUAUGGACUAGUUGACUCCAGUUUGGACUUUGAAACAGACCAUGAUUCCAGUUACGUUCUAUUCAUUCUCAAAUGGGAGUCAAGUUCGUGUGUGUGAAGACGUAUACUCUGUUACUGGUGUAGUAUGGCGGAUAGCGAGUUCAUAGUAGUUCUACAGUCUAUGUGCUUGUGGGAGUGAAUGAGAAAUUGAAGUGGGUGGGGGAAUGGCUGAGUAUUUGUGUGUGAUGAUAAUGUGUGUUGUUCAUGUGAAUAAUUGUACUCCAAUCCAAUCUGCACCGUUUAAAAAGCCAGUGUUGUAGGUUUAGAUCAGUUCUCAGUACUGACCACUUGAAAGCUUUCUAGUGCAAGAGUCUUAUGAUAUUGUACCAACUCUACCACCCCCUUGUAUAAACAACCCUCAUGUGCUGACAUAGAUUUAAAUAACAAAUUUUUCCUCCCUUUCUCUCUGAAGCCAUCUUCUUCCUAGCCCGGAAUCCCAACUGAUUUGCGUGAAAUGGAGCAUAUCGUUUUGGAUUCCGGUUUCUUCCUGCCCUGUAAAUAUCACCUUUUUAUUUCUUUCUCAUUCUUUUUAUUACAGUGUUUUUUCUUUUCUGUUACCUGUUGAAGCCGGUCUUGACUGACCAGUUUCAUUUCCAUUCAAUAGUCUGUAAAUACAAUUAGUUUAAAUGUCCUGAUUUCAAGAUGUAAAUAACCCCCCCCCAAAAAAAGUUCCAAUUUUUUCUCAGUUUGUUGAUGUCUCUCUCUCUCUCCAUCUCUCUCUGGUUGUGUGCCCCUAUAACGUGAUUGUACUGUAUCUCAACGCUUUAUUUAUUACUCACUUGGUGUUCUGGUGUAGGGAGAGGUUGAGGCACCGACUGUUUUGUGGGCAUUAUGUAAAAUGUUCCAGUAUACCAGUACUGUACUUGGCACCCACAACAUUGGUAUUUUUUGAAUAGGGAAAAACACUGUAAGUGUUUGGUUGGACAUAUCAGAAUUUGUUCAGACUAUAUCUGUGGUAAGAUUCCAACUAAUACAUUUCCCUGGUCUGAAUUUUUUUUAACCUUAAGUCACCUAUGUACUGACCUUUGACAGGGAAAUGUGAUAGUGGGCUAUUUGAGUUUACCAGACAACCAUUUGGCCAAUGCACUGCCCCUGUACCCAUUCAUUACAAUGGGCACCUAAUGUAAGAUAUUUAAAGUGUGUGAAAGUGCCAUGUUGUGAUGCAGAGAAGCCAUAAUACCUUUAUUUACCCACUGAAUGUGAAGGGUAAACCUGAGGGCCAUGAUGGCGACACAGGGUCAGAUGGUGCAGCCAGCCUCCCUCCCAACAAUGCCUACGCCCAUCACGGACAAUUCCGACUUCUGCUGUGUUCAAAAUGUCAGCCAUGGACAAAAUGCAGCGACUGCAGUAUGAGCCAGUUAUCAACCCCCUCCCUCCUGUUCUGUGUGUGUUGAUGUACAUGCCUAUCUGUUGGUUUCAUAACUCAGCAGUAUCAGGCUACUAGCCAAUUAUCCUAUAAGUACCAUGUUUUGUGUAUCUCCAUGUGUAUAGCAAACCAAGUGAGGUCACUUUAAUAACGUUCUGUGAGUAAAACUUGUAUCAAUAAUUUGUCAUUCCAAUCCUGUUUCUAUUGCGUCAUCCUGGCCAGGAGACCUGGAGUUUUUGGGAUGAUGGAGGGAGGAGAGUGAAGGAGGGAGAGAACCCAAUUGUUUGUCUGUAUGAAAUGAGCUCAUUUAAUAAAGUGAUAACUCCUGUGAA